CCGAGUAUCAUGCAAACCAAAAUUUAGCUCCUAUUUUUAUUUAAUAAUAAAGUAAACUAAUUUGUUAAAGAAAUGGCGUCUCGUCAUUGCCGCACGUGCGGCAAGUUUAUCUUCAGUUUGACGCCUAAGAAUCUCUUCCGAGAGCCCGAUUCUGUAACGCUGCACCAGAUCGAGGCUUUAACGGGUUUGUUUUUGCUGGAGGGACCGGAGGAUCAGCUUCCCUCCUUUAUGUGCGCACCCUGCGAAAUGUUUCUGAAAGAGGCGAUUAGCUUCCGGGAGCGUAUAAUUCUCACCCAGAAAACGCUUCAAAACAAUUCUAGCAAUUCGCAGGUUCUGGAUUUGAAUGAACCGUGCGAAGUUCUCCAGCCUGAUGAGCCGCAGUUCUUUGAAGAGAUCAAGGUUUUAGACGUGCUAUUGGUGGAUCCGCCGCUUGAGGAGGAGGAGUUACCCAAAGAAAUUGAGCACGUCAAGGAUCAAUCUGAGGAAAAGAGUUCCGUGCAGAAGGUGCCCCGGCAAAACUCGCACAAGUCUACGCCCUCUGUCAGCACUUCCGUCAAGUUUGCAGACAACAGCCAGGACACUAAUCGUUUCAAACCGCGCACCCAAUGGGACAGAUUAAGUGAGGACGAGGUGGUUGCCCUGAAACGAGAGCGACGCAGAAGAGAGUGUAUCUGUGAACAGUGCGGCAGGCACUUUUCUUGCCCCAGCAACUUUAAGCUACACCUGCUGCGCCACACCGGCGUAAAGAGCUUCGCCUGUGACCAAUGUCCUCAGAGGUUCUACACCGCCACUCUGCUAAGACGCCACCAGGAUCUACACUCUGGUGUUUCUCCAUAUCAGUGCAGAUACUGCGAGGCAUCGUUCAACAACCCCAGCGUACGAAUUCAGCACGAGCGCAUUCGCCAUACGAAUGAUAAACCAUUCAAGUGCAAAGAAUGUGGUAAAAGUUUCACCAUGAGCGGUAAACUGAGUACACACAUGCUAUCCCAUACAGGGGUGCGAGCGUUCCACUGCGCCUCGUGCAAAGUGUCCUUUGUGCGACGUUCCCAUUUGGUAGCCCACUACCGAUCCAAAGGCCACGUCCACGCAGCGAGCAGUCAGGAAUCGGAGGAAAAUGCUCUCGAACUAGACGUGGAAACGGUGAUGGAGGGUGGUACUUAAUUAAACCAUAUACCACAUCACAUCUUAAUAAAUCGAAAUACAGGGCUGUGUAAAUGCAACUACCGUUGCUGACUUUACUUGUUAAGUGUGCAUUUUAUAUAUUAACUAUUAUGUAAAUUAAAUGAAGCUAUAUUUUUAUUGAAA